GGCAAUGAAUAAAAUAACCAAAAAAUCCAUUUUUUUCAUUUCUUUCAAUUAUAUACUAUAUAGUGUAAUAGCUUUCUUCUAGCCAAUACUAUCUAUUAUGAAAAGAAGUGGAAAACAGUCUGAUAAUGGUCGUGGAAUCAAUACUGGUAAAGUCGAAUAUUAUAGUAAAUAGAUGAAAUCCCAUUGACCACACUUUUUCUGAUACAACAGAAGAAACCGAACAAGAAGUUACUGAAGAUAAUUGAGAUGAAGAUUUCCAACCGAUUAUGUAUAGAAAAAGAACUAAAAACACGCCGUAUAGUUCUGAAAAUAAAAAGGCUAAACUAAAUAAUGUGGUCCAUACCUCUUCUAAUACAAGUGCUACUGCUAGCUCAAGCUCCAUAAUAAUCAACCUCAGCUCUUCAGCAGUCAAACCAAGCUCUUCAGUAGUUGAAUCAAGCUCUUUAGUUGCUGAAUCAAGCUCCUCCAAUUCAAAUGUUGCCAAUUCAAGCUCCCCAGUUUCUGAACAAAUUAAACAAGUGAUCACUAUUCAAAAUAUUUGGAAUCAGGAUCAUGUACGACCUUUAUACGAUUUAGUCGACAAUGUCAAUAUACUAGUUUUACAUACUUAUAGUUUCUCAAAAUACAUAUUUUUGGAGGAGCUAAAGAAUAGCAUUGACUUCAGCUUGGCAGAUUUUGUAACAAAGGAGUUUUUCGUAGAGGUGUUUCUGGCUCUGAUCAUUCGUCGUAAUGUUCCUGGAAAGGUAAAAGAUAGAACCGCUAUCUAUCGUGAAUUGAUAUCUCGUCACAAAUCAUCGUAUUUUGAAGAUGCUCAAUAUACUCCGUUUGAGAUAAAGUACGCGCAACAGCUCGCAUUGUACGAAUGUACUAAAAUUAAUACGGCUUACCACAAUAAUAUCAAGGCACAUUUUGGUAACAGAUUGCGUAUGUUAUUGAACAUGCUUUCUAAAAAAGAAGAAAAGUUACUCAGUCUCGAUCAUCGUAUGAAAGCUGUAAAUGCCACGAAACAAGCUAUAAAAGAAGCCCGCCGAAAAGAAGUAUUUGAACCCUUUAACAAAAUGAAAUUCGCUGUAUCAAAAAAAGAAAUUCCUUCUUCGGACGUCCUGGAUGAAAAAGCAUUAUCAUCUGUAAGGGACUUACUAUCAACUUACCCAAACAACUACAAAUUCGAAAAGAAUUCUAUCUAUUAUGAUGUUAAAGCUCACCCAGAGAAGCAUUUCAAUGCUUUCUACAAGAUUGCUAAACUUCUGGAAACUGAAGCAGCUAAAACAUUUAAUUGUUUUCCAAUCAAAACAUCGUUUAUACCAUCCUACAUUACUCUGGAUUCCAAAAUAGUUCAUCAUCACAUACUGAAGCAGAAAACUUCCUUCAAGGCGGAACAAAAGUUUGAGAUUUGGAGCAACGUCGUUAAUUUAAACAAGAAAUCAUUCAAACCUCAAGGACUUAAUAAAUCUCUACGAUUUCAGGGUACCAUUGAAACUGAUGGUAUUUGUGCUUCGGUGUUAAAACAGAAUAUCACCACGGGUAAAAAGCAGCCAAGAAUGAAUAAUAAGAAGACAGAUACUAUCGACGAGGAGUAUGUCGAAAAUAUACUACCUGCUACACUGAAGGAAAACCAAGGCAAAUACGUUUUAAUUGACCCUGGAAGACGAGACCUUAUGUUUUGCAUGCAAGAGUCAAGUACGAAGGAGAAGCCCCAAAUUCUAAAAUAUACAAAAAUCACUAGAAAUAAGCUGACUAGACAUAACAAAAUAUUAAGCAAACAAAAUACGCCAGAGUCAGUAAAAAUCGCCCAACUCAUUUUGUCUAAAACCGUAUCUUCUUCAGUAGACAUUACAAAAUUUAGGGAUUACAUCAAAACCAGAGCCUCUGUCACACAUGUAUUAACGAGAUAUUAUGGAAAUGAAACAAUGACGAUCAAUGAAUCAUAUUUCCCUGGAUCUGUCACGGAAUUCUCAAUACGACGAGGAUGUUUAUACUAUGGAGAUUUGUUUGUUAUAAAUUUUCGAGGAUAUUAUCCGCAACCGAAAGACACUACUAGCACCACUACUGAUUUGAAUUU